UGGUGGGGAAGUGGUCGAGGAGCCAGUUACUCGCGGGCAUCUCGGUGACUCUGCUUUUCCUUCUGUGGACUCAGUUCAGUAUCGUAGCGAACAUCAAACGGACGUUUUUUCGUGGUCAGCUAGUUUGUAAUUUGAAAAUCCGAACAAAGAAAACGUGCAGAUCAACGAAAUGUUUUUUAAACUGGUAACGUUGGUGCUACCACUGCUAUUAUUACUCAACAAAUCGUCAGCACAAUGUUUGACUGGAAACGACAGUCCAAUGAUAAGCACGGUCACGAGGAAAUCCAUAAUCGACUCGAGAUUCAUUUUCGCCCUUGACACCCUGAAGCAAAUGGCACAGAUCGAGACCCGCGAUAAUAUUUUCUAUAGUCCUUACAGUAUACACCAGGCUCUGACCUUGGCGUACUAUGGUGCUCGAGAUUCUACCGAAACAGCAUUACGGAAAACUUUGCACCUACCCAACGAUUUAUCCAAGCCCGACAUGAUGCGAUUCUAUUCGUUGGAAAAAUCGGGGAAGGACCCUGGUAACCGGAAUUCAUCUAACUAUGAGUAUAACUCAGCAAAUCGAAUAUGGAUAUCGGACACGAGAAAAGUGGAGAAUUGUAUGUUAGACUUAUUCAGCAGUGAGCUGGAAAAAAUUGAUUUCCAUACAAACCCAAGCGCGGUUCGUGAUUAUAUGAACAACUGGGUGAGCAACAUGACUAAAGGGCAUAUUCACGAUCUUUUCUCUGCUGAUAGCAUCACAGCCGAUACCGAUUUAGUGCUGGCUAAUGCGGUGUAUUUCAAAGGACAAUGGCAAAGCCGUUUCGAUCCUGCAAAUUCCGUGAAAGGUCUUUUCCAUACUUCCCAAACACAGCAAUCUAUGGUCACAUUCAUGAAACAAAAGGGGAAUUUCAAUCAUUUUAUCUCCGAAACACUUGCCGCACACAUCCUAGAAUUACCUUAUAAGGGAAACGAAGUCUCAAUGUUCAUCCUGCUUCCACCGUAUCACCGUUCCACCGUCGGCGAUUCUAAGCAAGUAGGAGAACGAGACAGUAUUCGACAGGUCAUAGAACGUAUCUUCAGUGCACCAGAUUUUAUGGAACUUCGUGAGCUUCUUGAUUCCAAAAAUGUACUUCCUCAAGAAGUAGAAAUUUUUCUGCCAAAGUUUACAAUUGAGAAAGAUCUUCCAUUAGCCGUAUUACUUCAUGCUCUUGGAGUAGCGGAAUUAGUAACUCCUGGCAGGGCUAAUCUUCGAGGUUUCGUCGCUGAUGGUGAGAAACCAUUGCACCUAGGUGAUGCUGUCCAUCGUGCACGAAUUGAAGUUACCGAAGAGGGCACCACUGCGGCUGCAGCUACUGCCCUCUUAAGUUUCCGUUCUGGACGACCAUUACAACCGGCACUUUUCAAAGCAGAUCAUCCAUUCCUCUACUUUAUCUAUGAGAAACCAACACGUACUAUUUUGUUCUGUGGAAUUUAUCGUUCUCCUAAUCCACAACAAACUACCGCUGAGACAUCGGCUUAAGACGUUUGGCAAACUAAUAUAAUUAUCGUUGUUGUUUCUCGUUUAUCUUUCAAGUAUCUGGAGCACAGAAUGAACAAGUUUUGCAUGUGUAUAUGUGUUUAACAAGGUUUGUUUGAAUUUUGGGACCAGUAUGAUCGAUUGCUAUUCGCAGAGCAUUAUUGGGAAAUUUGUUAGAAAUUGUUGUUGUAUAAUUUUAUACAAACAAUGAAUAAUACGGAUGAAAUGUAGACUGUUUCGGUUAU